GAGUACCUAUAUAUUUAUGUCGAAGCUCAACAAAACAACAGAUUAAAGAUGGAGAACUACGAGUACGCUGUGUUUUUUGAGGCAGAGAAUCUCUCUGAUGCAGAACUAAGACAAAUGGAAAAGUAUUUUAAAAUCAAGAGAAGGUCUGGAGGGGGAGAGUGUAAGAUCAACAAAGUGGGUGACACAACUUACAUGACAACUUUUAUGGAGAAAGAAGCCCAGGAAAGAGUACUAGAACGAAAGGAUCACGUCAUUAAAAUAGAAGGACAAGAGGAGAUCCAUGUUUUAUUGAGGUGUGAAAAUGUUGCUGAAAGCAGCAAACAAUCUAAAGAAUCUCCAAAUCAGAAAUGUGCAAGUGCAAAAAGUGUGGAAAAGGUUUUUAAACUGGACCAUUAUUUACUACGCUUCCUCAGUGAAUGUAAAAAGCCACAUUCAGAUUUGGAAAAACAUCUCUCUAUGAUCUCCAGCACCUUCAAGAUCAACAUUGACUCUGAAGAGUUGGUGGUGGUAAGGGACCCGGGAGCUGAAGAUGUUUAUCCCCUAAAAAAAUGGGAAUUUGCAGUGGACGAAGAGUUUGAGUCUCUAAAGUCACGCUAUAACAUCCACUUCGAGGUUGAAAGUGACAAAUCUGCGAUUCUAGAAGAAAACUCUUUCCUUCAAAGUGAUAACUUAAAAAUCUAUUUUGAAGAACUAACAUGUUUAGCUGUGGUGGUUGGAGAACAAAGAGAAGUGGAGAAGAUUUUAAGUGGCUUGCAGAACAAACAGCAGGUUCAAAAAGAGUGUUGUGUGUCUGAGAAACAAUUUAACCUCAUCAAAGAGGUGUUUGAGCCAUACAUAAAAUCGAAUUUACCUGCGCUUAAGAUCACACAGGAACGAGCAGGCGUUCUCCUAAAGGGUCCCGAGAAAGAGGUUCAUGCAGGUGAAAAUGAGCUUUUAAAAUUAGCAAAAGGAAUCAAAGAGAAGAGGAUCCCAUCACAUCAUCCUCUUAUGACCUUUUUGGAAUCAAGUGGCGGUAUACAGCACUUCCAAAACCGAUUUCAGCAGAGCCUCCGCAGCCCAGUUAUGCUUGAGACUUCAGGUUCAGAUGUUCUUCUGUUGAGUCUGUCUGAUGGAGCUCUAGAGGAGGCGGCUGCUGCCGUGGAGAGAGACUUGUGUUUGGAGACUGUGCGCCUGGACAAUACUCAGAAAUCUUCUGCAUUUACUAAGCUGAAGGAGGAUUUGAGCGAAGCCGUCAAGCAGGCCAAUCACAAAAGUGUUAAAGUGGAGCUUAAAUACCAGGAUGAAUCAACUUCUGACCCCAAGGUUCAACUUGUGGGCUACACACCUGAAGUCAGUAAGCUGAAGAACAUUGUGCUGGUAUACAAAAGAAACCAUCAGAUCCAUCAUGCAUCCCUGCCUCUUUCCAGUCCAGAGAUGGCAGAGCACUUCUCUGAGAUCAUGGCAAUUGGCGGCAUGAAGAAGAGCAGUGUGGAAAUAAAGCCAACAAAUUCACCUUCCCCAUGUGUCCACCUCAAGGGACCUCGCUGUGAAGUUGAGAGCUUGAAGGACAGCCUUGAGUCAUGCCUUCAGAGGCUUGCCACUAAACGAUGUGAGGUGAAAGGACCUGGAGUUCAACAGUUUUUUCAAAGUGAAGGUGCAAGGAUCUUGCAAUUGGUGAAGAAUUCUUAUAUGGUUGGGAUACUGCCUAUAGAUGAUAAGCAGAAAAGAGGUAAAGAACCCAAAUACAUGAGCAGUCUCAACCUCCAGAGCUCACCAUUUACGUCUGCAGCUUCCCAAGACACUCUGGACUCUGAAAAAGAGAUAGACAUUAAAGUUGUGGUUGGUAGCCUUGAACAACAGCAGGCAGAUGUGUUUGUUGCUCCGAUGAUUCAAACAAACAUGACCUCAACCUUGAUUGGAUCAUCCCUGUUGAAUAAAGCAGGACAGCAGCUUCAAAAUAACUUCAACAAUGCAAAGGGAAAGCACAAGCUUAAGCCUGGAGAAGUGCUGGAGGUGGACGCGACGCCAGCGUUGGGAUGCUCCAUGGUUUUCUUUGUGGAAUGUGCGCCGAAAGGAAACAAGCACAAAAGCGAAAAG